AUGUGCUGGACAAUACCAACCCACGCCUGCGCCAAUCUCGCACUCGAACCCAACCUAUCGGAGGAGACCCAAGCUAUUAUUGCUACCACCCAGGGGUUUCUGACAGCGCUGAAUACCAAAUCCCGAGUUGACUUUGAAAAGCACUGCAUUCGAGCCGGGGGCAUGUCCCUCGCACCUCCAUCGCCUACGGCCUUACGUUUCUGUACAAUCGGCUCCUUCAUUGAACAUGUGGCCGCGCUCAAAGACACUAUUGAUGAGCGAAUUUGGGAUCCUGAAGUGAAGGUUCACGAGACGGGGAACCUUGCCACUGUAUGGGCCCCGUUCCGGGCCAAAAUCAAUGGGGCUGUGGAUCACGUUGGGGUGGACCUAUUUGUACUUCAUAAGCUGAAUGGGGAGUGGAAGGUCACUGGGCUGGCGGAUUCUUGUCGACUGCCGACUGAGGAAGAAAUGAAUAUGGAGUAG